AGUUUGUUUUACUUCGAGCAAAAACAGAUCGUGUUUUGCCAUCGUUCGAGUGUUAUCUUCCAAAUUUCUUUUUAAGCAUAAUAAUUACCUUUAAGCAGGAAGUGCCUUUGUGAGCUCUGAUUUAUGGAACUAUGUGAUUUGUGGUGUGGUGAGAGUGAUUUUGACACUAUCAUUGGAUUUUAGAGAGGUUAUUGAAGUUCAGCAAUGUCAGCAAGUGACGAUACGGAGUCUUAUUAUAUUGAGUCUCCACUGUCUCAAUCCGAUUCCCCGUAUAGUUCUCCUUCGCAGCAAGUGCCACAGCUAGCUACAUCAAUGAUUGGCUUAAGUUGUACUGAUGGAAGGCCCUACCUUCGGAUUGUGGAGCAACCUCAGAGCCACUUUAGGUUCCGAUACAAAAGUGAGAUGGUCGGUACACAUGGCUGUCUUCUCGGCGAAUCUUACGCCAACAGCAAAACAAAAACUCAUCCCACAGUAGAGUUGGUGAACUAUAGCGGGCGCGCGGUGAUCAGAUGCCGAUUGUCUCAGCAUAAGACACCUGAUGAGCAUCCACACAAGCUCUUAGAAGAGGAACAGGACAGGGACGUAAGUUACGGUGUCCCUGAGCAUGGAUCUUAUAAAGUCGGGUUUGCUGGUAUGGGUAUCAUACAUACUGCGAAAAAAGAUGUACCCGCGUUACUAUAUAAAAAAUAUUCAGAAGCAGUCGGCAAUGCCAGAGUAAACCCAAAGGAACUUAGUGUAUUUUGUGAAAAUGAAGCGAAGGCAAUAAAUUUGAACAUAGUGCGGUUGAGGUUCAGCGCGCACGAUAUAAUCACUGACAAGGAAAUUUGUCCUCCUGUCUUUUCAAGACCAAUAUACAAUAUGAAAUGCGCUGCUACAAAUGAUUUAAAAAUAUGCCGUAUUAGUCGAAUAUGCGGUCGCGCCAGUGGAGGCGACGAUGUAUUCCUUCUUGUGGAAAAAGUCAACAAAAAGAAUAUAACAGUUCGCUUGUACGAGUUGAACGAGAAUGGUGAAGAAGUAUGGUCAGCGCCGGGAAAUUUUCUCCAAAACGACGUCCACCACCAAUAUGCCAUUGUGUUUAGGACUCCACCUUAUCAGGACAAGAACACGCCAGUGGACAAAAAAGUCUUUAUAGAAUUAGUCCGUCCGUCAGACGGACGGACGAGUGAACCGAAAGACUUUUGUUACAAGGCUGCGCCUGCUUACAAAUUCAACAAGAAGAGAAAAGUUAACUCGGCAUUUUCAUCUUAUAACUCCACUGAAAGUUCUUUGAAGAGCACUAGUGAUAUUCCAGCGACAGUGUUGUUGUUGGAUCAGAAAAACGAACAACACGAAGAAGACUUGAAAAAUGUCAACAUUUUUAAUAUUCCUCAAAUUCCGCAAAUACCCAUGUCAUCCCCUUUAAGUUCGAGUGACUUGGGCGAAGCACUGUAUGGGAUCCAAACUGAAGGUAGUCCUUCCGAGAGUACCUUCUAUGACAGUCCGAUGUUACCUCAAUCCAUGGUUGAGCCGCCUGAUUUACAACUAAACUCUACAGAACUAGAAAGAAUACUUAAGGACAAUGCUAGCAUUCCAGCCGAGGAAAAAGAACAAUUUUGUAAUACAGAUUGGUCAGAGUAUUUGAAGUCAUAUACAGAUAGUCUGAGUGAGGAGAAUAAUUCCUUUAGAAUGGACAUAAUUCGAUCUAUGUUGACAACGGAUUCUGGGCGGCCAAUGAAAACUGAAGCAAGCCCAUCGAAGCCAAACAAAUUUGAAGUGAAACAGGAAAAUUCUGAUUCAACCCCGACGAAGUCAAAUAUAGAUAAAAUAAAAAAUAGUACAGAAUAUUCAGCGUUUUACACAGCAGAAGAUGGAAUGGAAGUCAAGAAGUUGGUAAAGGAGUUAUGCGAGAUGAUUCGAAUGAAAACUGGUAUACAAAAGAAACAAAUAGUCAGAUCUAAAUUGGAUAAACUUUUCGAAAUGCGACUAUCGAAUGGAGACACAUUUUUGCACAUGACUUUAUGCAGCAAAGAACCAAGCCUGGAAUAUAUUGUUAAACUUAUACAUAGCAUGAAAAUGACAAAUUUGCUCAAUCUCACCAACAACCAGUCACAAACUAUUCUUCAUUUGGCGGUCAUACAUGAUAUGCCAAAUGUCAUACCUUUACUCGUGGAAAAAGGUUGCGACCCCAUGAUAGAAGAUGCCGAGGGUAACAACGUGAUACACAACGCUGUGAUAUACCAAUCCUGUUUGGAGCCUCUACUGACUGCUCUCAAACGUAGUAGUGUACCCUUCAACAUAAACGCGUAUAACAACGAAAAACAAACAGCCUUACACUUAGCUGUUAUUCAUAAAAGCGCUGCGAGCGUAAGACAACUGAUGAGGAACGGUGCGAGCAAUAACGUGAGAGACAGUGGUGGCAGAACACCUCUGCAUCUGGCCGCUUAUGACGACUGCGUGGAUGUCGCAAGGGAAUUAUUAGAAUACGUAGCGCCCAGCGAGAUCAAUGCAUUAGAUGAAAGGGGAUAUACCGCACUUCAAGUGGCUUGUGAUGGCGUUGUCAAGGAAAAUACGUUGGAUAUUGUCAAACUAUUGUUAUUGAAAAAAGCGGACCCUCAAAAGUGCGAAGACGGCAAAUACUCGGCUUGGCAUCUCGCCAAAGACAAGCCGUCCAUUAGGGAGGUUAUGAUGACAUAUUUACCCGGUGGUGUCAAUCCCGAAGAUGAUGACAUCAAAUCGGAACCAGAGGACGAAUUCGAGUCCGCGGAUGAAAAUGAAAUGCCUGAAGGCGGAUUGACUGAGCUCUCGCAGUACGUCAGCGAGUUGUGUCCGAUAUUGGACGCUAGCGAGAGUUGGCGGCGACUCGCGACCCGUUUUCAGCUGCAACAUCUGUAUUCCUGGUACGCGAACACUAGCAGCCCGACGCGAACUCUACUUAAUUAUUUAAAGGAAUGUGGCAACAAUAUAACUUCAAAGACUUUAGCGACAAUUUUGGAUGAGAUUGGAGAACGUGAGGCUGCAAAUAUUAUUCGACGAUAUAUUGAUUAAGUGUUAAUUUUUUGUUUCAUGAAAUCAACCUUUUUUAUUAAUGAAUAUGAAUUUACAUGUGUAGUGUUCUGCAAAUGGAAUUUAUUCUAUAAUCUAUUUUUAUACAUUUAAAAACUGUUGUAUUUUAUAAAUGAUUAUUAGAAAUUAAUAAAAACAACCGCUUUG